AUGGACUUCGAGUUUACCCUCGAAGUCGACCACCGAAAGAGAAGGAGGAAUCGAGCAACACAGUCCUGCCUCAACUGCCACACGUCGAAAAGAAAGUGCGAUAGGAAACGACCUUGUCAGAGAUGCAUUCAAUUGGGCUUGACGGGCCUCUGUGUCUACGAGAUUGAUGAUCCCGCCCUGAGGGAUGAUCCUUCAUUAGAUGAAGCGACCAGGCUACGUAAUCGGAUCGCCGAACUCGAAAGUCUGGUCAGGGAACUUCGC